AUGACUUUCAAGAUUGACAGAAAAAGCCAAAUCCUAAGAAACAUAAUUAAUGAUAGAAGCAAAUCGAAUCAACAAGCUGAGGCAGAUGGAGUUUAUGAUUCCAUUACAUCUUUUGAGUUUGUCUUCAUCUUACAUCUUAUGAGGGAUAUCAUGGAGAUUACUGAUGAUCUUUGCCAAGCUUUGCAAAUUCCUGAUAUGAGUUGUCCUUAUAAAGGAGGCCGAGGUCGGUCUCAUUCUGAAAGAGAUCAACUCACCAUGGAACAUCAUUUUCGAGUUGAUAUUUUUAUGGUUACAGUUGAUUCUCAGUUACAAGAAUUAAACAAUAGGUUUAAGGAAGAUGUAAUGGAAUUGCUUGUUCUUAGCUCAGCUUUGGAUCCUAGGGAUGGUUAUAGAUCAUUCAAAAUUGAGGAUAUUUGCAAACUUGCAAAUAAAUUUUAUCUCAUGGAUUUCUCCGAGCAAGAAAAAUUACAUUUGAAAUAUCAGUUGGAAAACUAUAAGCUUGAUAUUUCCAUACUUUCCGAGUUUUAG